AUGGACCGACUGCAGCACAGCGUGAAAACUUUUUCCUCUGGGGCGGUGAUCCAAACGGAUGAAAUCCGCUAAUUUUCUCAGACUUUUGCGCUGUAAAAAACACCAAAUAUAAGAACAGUUCGUUUAUAUUUAGCAGUCGGAGCUGUAUAGUAAGACUUAACACAGAAAAAAAAACCCUGAAUGUUGUUUCAGCGUCUUUUUAAUUUAUUGCAGACACUUUGGUCGUUGUAUCAUCGGCUCGGACAAAAAGUGGAUAACUGUUUCCUACAUUUAGUCAUAAAGAGUUGCUGUGAGGGGGGUGACGGCUGUACCACUGGACCCCUGGAGCAGGACAGUAUGACGUCACAGACCAGCAGCCCCAGAUCCUCCAGAGAUUGACUCAGGAUGGAGCUGAAGGUGUGGGUCGAUGGAGUUCAGCGCGUGGUCUGUGGGGUCACAGAGGCCACCACCUGCCAGGAAGUGGUCAUCGCUCUGGCUCAAGCUAUUGGUCGCACAGGACGGUAUACAUUGGUUGAAAAAUGGAGGGACACCGAGCGACAUCUCGUUCCUCACGAGAGUCCAGUGGCCUCUCUGAACACUUGGGGGCAGUAUGCCGGUGACGUGCAGUUUAUCCUGCACCGCACUGGUCCAUCUCUCAAUGAGUACCCCUCAACCGAAGGUCUGAAUCGUCGGGGCCCAGAGCGUGGCUUGCAUCGGCAGAGCCUUCCAUUGAUGGCCAAGCUGCGAGCUCCAGGUGACCGUUCCCUCUGUCGGCGCGAGCCACGGCGAAAGUCUCUGACCUUCACCGGUGUGCCCCGCAGUCUGAGGGACAUCCUCAGUGGAGGCAGGCUCAGUGACAGUAGUGCCAAACAACGAGAGGUUUUAGUGAGAAGUGCUCACAAUUCACCGUCGAUGUCCCCUCGGUUAUCAGGCCACCGCGUGAAGGAUCUUUCCCAACUGGUGAGACUGCAGAGGGAGACUCUUUCGGUUCUAGACAGCAGGAUAGAGGCGUACGAGGCAGAGCUCCGAAUGUUGACUGAGAAAAGAGCUGGACUAGAGGACGACGAACUGUAUGUGAAGAUGACAGAGGAGGUUUCAAGUUUGGAAAAGCAGGUGCGAAGGAACAAGGUGGAGAUUGAGGAAGAGGAGUUUUGGGCGACUGAGCUGGAGAUUGAGCGGGAGAGCGAGAGGCAGCUGCAGGAGCACCUUCAGGAGUUGAGCAGUCGGCUGCGCGGCUGUGAGGCGGAUCUGGAACAGCGGCUGAUGUCUCUGCAGGGCGUAGAGGCAGGAAUAGAGGCUCAAAAGCAACAUAAGGAGAUCAGAGAGAGCCAGCAGGCCAGUGAGGGGGAAGUGAAGGCUAGACUCCAGAGAGUGAAAUCAGAACUCAAGGCUCAGGCUCAACACACGGCCCAGCUUGAAAACAGCUCAAGAGCAGUGGAGCGCUCACUGGCUGAGUCAUGCAAGAGACUGCAGGAGAGUCAUUAUGAACUGGAGCAGCUCACCAAAGAGUUGAGGCAGGUAAACCUCCAGCAGUUCAUACAACAAACCGGCACCAAAGUCACUGUUCUGCCCGUGGAGCCUGGUGAUGAUGACUCCAGCAGCACAACAGAUGAUAAAGACUUUGCUGCAUUAACUGGCUCACUGAAACGACCGGGUUUAUCUCAUCCAGAGGUUGGCGGGAUCCGUGGACUCCAUAGUCCGAUCUUCUCAGGGUUAAAUCCUGAGGGCAUCUACGUCUAAGGACCACUUUUUUUCUUCUUUUUUCCCCCCUCUUCAUAUAUGUUUGAGACUGAAUACAUUUUAUUUGAUGCUAAUUCAAGCAAAACCGACAGCCGAUGUGCUCAGCAUGAAGGAGAACUCCAGUGGCCUCAUGAACACCUCUUAAGCAGUUUUCAGUUUCCUGUCAGACUCAGAAUACUUGAUCUUGAUCACAAAGCUGCAUACCAUUUCAAAUACAAACAGUACGUGUGCUGAUUUUCAUAGUAUCAUUGUAGUGUCUAAUGUUAGAAAGUGAUAUCUGUAACCAGACAUGGGGACUUGUGACUUGGUGACUUGGACUCGAGUCGACUCGAGUCGCUAUUUUUAGGACUUGAGACUUGACUCGGACUUGGAAGUUAAAGACUCGGGACUUGACUUGACUUGAGACACGAUGACUUGAAUGACUUGAGUGUUAAUCACAUCAUGUUUUCAGUUUGAAUAUAAAAUAUAUAAAUUAUUUUUUUAAAUAAAGUUGAUUACUCAGCUGGAGCGCAGGCUGAGAAUAGCGUCGUGACUGGAUCAGGACACUAUCAUCAGUCAUGCCCUCUCUACCUUACACACACCACGCCCACUUAAAUCAGAUAUCACAUCACAUCGACAUGUCAGCCUGAGAGGUACAGAGGGUCAUCGCUUUUGUCUUCAAUAGUUCGCGCCUAAAAACGCGUGGAAAACGCUAGUCGCGCCGCUUUCUCCUUCUUUCCAAAGCGCUCGGACAGAAGUGCUCCUGGGGCGUCUGUCGUUGCUAAGCAUCCAUGACACGCUCUCUCUCAAUGAAGAUGCGGAAAUUUCAGCAAAGUAUAAAUGGAUUUGCAGCACUAAAAAUCGCUCGCAGUAGCUCUGCUACUAAAUUCAUUUCAAAAUGGCAAUUCAUAUACAGCUAUGAACAGCUGUUCCUUCAUUUUAGCUGAGCUUUCAACGUUGAUACGGGAAAGGAUGAAGCUGAUUCGUUAGUUAUUGUCACAUGACCCGCGGUGCGCUUGCGGCAUUCUGAAAAGUUUAGAUGUUUUUAACUGGAUGCGGUUAAUACCGCGCGCCUACAUUGGAAAUAACGAACUUGCGCGCGCAAAAGACGUGAUGUGAACGGCCCCGAAUAUUUUGUUACCUUGUCUUUCUCAUAGAGCAAAACAAUUAAUCAGAAAAACUAAUGUAGCUGCCGCGAUUACCCAAUCAUGAGAAGUGCAUAUAUAUAUAUAUAUAUAUAUAUAUAUAUAUAUAUAUAUAUAUAUAUAUAUAUAUAUAUAUAUAUACAGUACAGAAUAUAAAUAUGACGUAUUUUAAGUUGUUUCAUACUUUUUUGUUAUGUACAGUACAGACCAAAAGUUUGGACACACCUUCUCAUUCAAAGAGUUUUCUUUAUUUUCAUGACUAUGAGAAUUGUAGAGUCACACUGAAGGCAUCAAGGGCUAUUUGAGCAAGAAGGAGAGUGAUGGGGUGCUGCUCCAGAUGACCUGGCCUCCACAGUCACCGGACCUGAACCCAAUCCAGAUGGUUUAGGGGUGAGCUGGACCGCAGACAGAAGGCAAAAGGGCCAACAAGUGCUAAGUAUCUCUCGGGGAACUCCUUCAAGACUGUUGGAAGACCAUUUCAGGUGACUACCUCUUGAAGCUCAUCAAGAGAAUGCCAAGAGUGUGCAAAGCUGUUAUCAAAGCAAAAGGUGGCUAUUUUGAAGAACCAAGAAUAUUACAUAUUUUCAGUUGUUUCACACUUGUUUGUUAUGUAUAUAAUUCCAUAUAUAAUUCCACAUGUGUUAAUUCAUAGUUUUGAUGCCUUCAGUGUGAAUCUACAAUUUUCAUAGUCAUGAAAAUAAGAAAACUCUUUGAAUGAGAAGGUGUUUCCAAACUUUUGGUCUGUACUGUACAUAACAAAAAAAGUAUGAAACAACUGAAAAUACGUCAUAUUUAUAUUCUAUACUCUGAGAGAGAGAGAGAGUGUGUGUGUGUGUGUGUGUGUGUGAGAGAGAGAGAGAGAGAGAGAGAGAGAGAGAGAGAGGAGAAAUGUAACAGUUUAAUGUUGUAUGUAAACUGUGUUUGAGAGAGAGAGAGAGAGAGAGGUGUUCAGAGAGGAGUCUGUUGGAUGUUUAGCUGUUAUUUGUUUUAUGGACUCAAUGUUGAAAAUGUAAAACAUUUCAAACACUGUUGGCAGAAGUGAAAAAUAAAUAAUUUUAGGAAGUUACAAUUUUGUUUGAUUCCAUGAUGUAUUUUACUGAACAUGAGUAUUUACAAUGCAAAUCCAAAUUAUUUUAAUUUACUGACAGUUACUUAUAUCUUGUCUUUUAACUUUAUUAAGAUCAGAUUCUGCAGGUAAAAUAACAAUAUUAAGGUGACUUGACUUGGACUUGACUUGACAUAGCUUGUGACUUGACUUGACUUGACUUGCCCAAGAAAAAAAUACUUGGGACUUACUUGAGACUUGAAGGUUAAGACUUGAGACUUACUUGAGACUUGCACAUGUGUGACUUGGUCCCAUCUCUGUCUGUAACCUUGUCACAUAAAAACAAGCAGAUGAAGGAUGAAUAACUUUGGAAGCAUAAAUAUAUUUUUUUAUUCUUAUUUUAGCCUCUGAAAACAUUUGUAUGAAUGUGCAACUUUCACAUUUGUGUUUACUGUUAGUGGAGCUCAAUCUGACCUGUGAGAUUUAGUCUUUGUUUUUUGUUUUGUUUUUUCCAUUUCAUACUGAUUUAUCAAUUUGUGUAAGUGUAUUAAUGUUGAGCCAAAGACAAUCACUUAUUUUAGUUGCAAUGUGUUACUGCAUGACUGCAAAAUAUUGUACUCCUUGCUUUAAUUUGCCAGUGUCAUUAUUGUCGAAGUAUGCAUAAAAUGUAACAGAUACUGCUUGAAAAUGUACUUUUACUCUUAAAGGAAUAGUUCACCCCGAAAUGAAAAUGUUCACGCUUCUAUUCGAAUUAUUAUGACUUGGGAGAUAUUAAAAAAAAAAUGUUUUAAUGGAAUUUUCAUUUUGGGUGAACUAUAUCUUUAAUAUUAUAUAUUUGCUAUAUACAAUGUGGUUCAAUAUAUGAAAUCACAGCUGUUUAGCUGAAAGUAGUGCCUUUCUGAAAUUCAAGCCAUGUUAGGAUCAACUUUUACGAUGGUGCAAGCAUGCUGAGUCUGUGAAUUUAGAUGAUAUAAAAUAUAUUAAGACGUUUUAUGCUCAGACUUUGCUCAUAUUGUGUCUUCUAAAUAUGGCUGCAUUUAAUUUCAGAAGAUUUUUAGGGGCAUUUAAACUUUUUUUUGUUGUUUUUUUUUUUUCUACUGUCAAGCAUGUACCAUAUUUGUUAUAAACUUAGAAAAGCUUCAUACAAACCCUUAAAAAAUCUAUAUAGUACUGUGAACUACUAUUAAACACUAAUCACCCCGUA